AUUAGUAUACAUCGACUGAAUGAGGUGAAAUUUACAGGUCGCGACUAACAUCAUCACAUCCUCAAAUACCAUCUUCCUUUGAGUUGUGCUAAUGCCUUUGAAUUGUAAGUGCUUUUGGUUGAGAAGAUGUAUUUUGACUGUGCUUCUUUAAAAGUGCCACAACCAGGUUGGUAAAGCUCAUCUUAUACGGGGUACGUUUCAACUGAUGUCACAGCUCGGUUGAUUUCGGCACUGAUCGCAUCUUUCGUUUCAUGAGAUGGGACUUGAAUUUGGGAAAUAGAUGCAUUCAAACAUGGAAUUGAAAGAUAUGUUUAAUGGCGCUGGUUGAAUUCUCUGUAAUCUUGUGCGAUGCAAUCAUGAUGACUUGUAUACAAUUAUUUUGUAAUCAUUCUUAUCAGGGUGAACUUGCUUUGUUCAUUUCUUGUCAACCUAAAACUAUUGGAAUUAUUCUAAAAUGUGCAGUUAAAGCCAACAGACAAUUACGUUCGUCGUCAGCGAGACGAUCUCUUGAUAGAUGCAAUUAAACAUGGAAUUGGAAGAUGUUUUUAGGGUCGUCUAUUAAAUUGUCUUUGAUCAAUCUUGUGCAAUGAAAUCAUGAUCACUCAUACAAUCAUUUUGUGACCAUUCUUAAUCAGGAUGAACUUGCGUUUUUCACGAUUUUCUUGUCAAUCUAAAUUGAAAUUAUUGCAAAAUGUGUUGUAAAAGUCAAACGACAAUUUACGUUCGUCAGCGAGAGGAUGUCAUGGUGUUCUUACAUUGUAUAAAGUUCUAAUAAUAUCAAGUUUGUAACCUUUUGUGGCUUUCUGCAAACGGGCUCUCCGCCAUAGACAAGUGAGGGCCAUUUCUCCUGAAUGUAAAAUUGUAGCUGAAACAGAGUUGUUUGCAUCAGUUUUCACUGAUGGUUUAAAUGGCAAAGGUAGCAGUAAAGCUGACACAAAUUAUCAGUUGGAUUAAGUAACAGGGGCACCGAACGACAAUUUUCGGAAAAUACCUGUUCGGAAGACGAUUUGAGAUCUAUAAUUUUCGGAACAUUCCAAAAUUUCUUGCUUGUCUGCCUCUCCUAGGAUUUUCGAACAUCUAAAAAAUGGUAUAACUGCCCAUUUUUAACGGAUUUUUACCUCAAAAAGGUCACCUACAAUUUUCGGGAGCCUUUUUUCUGGCUGAAAUUUUCGAAAAGGUAAGUUUUGAUCCCUAUAAUUUUCGAAUCACUAGACUUUCAGCUAGGAAAUCCGAACAGAUAAAAAAUUUUUAGGGGAUAAAAAUAUGCCUAUACCUACCGUUUUAAUACUAAAAUACGUUUAACAAUGCUAUGUUCAAGUGGUUUUCAACUAUAUUCUCGUUGGGUGCCCCUGAAGUAAGCAAUUAGUUUCCGGUCCAUGAAUUUUUUCCAUGUGCUGAAGAAAGUGUUGCAAAGCUGAACUACCUCUUUAUGUUUUUUCACUCGCCACCUCAAGUAGCAACGAAAAGAGCAAAUCGCUCGGGGAAUGCUAAGAUUUAAUAUUCCUAACUAUAUAAUUAAGACCCUUUGUGUUUUAAUAGCUUAUGGCUCAUGCAUAAAAUUGAUGCCGGUUCCUGGCUAUUUCAUUGUCCACUGACUAUUUUAUUCAUUUAUACUCAUCUGUGAAAUGUUCUUUUGAUUACGCAACUUGGUGUUUCAUUUCCCUUCCAAUCUCUCAUACUAACAAUUCACGUUCUAUACUGUCUUCCCGUAGUUCGCUGGACUAAAAUAGUCCGCUUUUUAUAAUUACCUACUUUACACUUAUUUCAGAUACAUGGAAAAUGCUUUGAGAAGAUGUUCGUCAGCAUGCAAUGUUGUGUGAUGCCAUACACUAAUCACCUAUCAAAACAGCAGCAGGUCUGGCCAAAGAAACAGCACCUUUGCUUCAAAACUACAGCCGCUAAGGCUCUGCAGUGCUUUUAUGUGUUUUUAUCUCCUGUAUGA